AUGGGGACUCAGCAUUGCUGUUUCUCGCCGCUCUUGGCGCGGCCUGGCAAACACACUUAUGGAACCGCCAAGCUGACUAGAGACGCUGCCGGCGUCGAGAGCGCAGGGAAUCAUGGCACAAAGUCGCAGGGCUCCCUUGUCGUCCGUUACCACAGCGGUAUUUUAAACCAGCCGGCUGCAGCAUCCCGCCCUCCUGGUGUGGGCAGCUCCACUCUGAAACAUCCUCCACCACCUCGGCGCUUGCGGAAUAAUAAGGGCAAUAUCGUCACGGCCAGCAGGGUAAAUUUCAACUCCGUGUGCUCCGUACUGGUCCGAUACGGAUGUCUGCCCGGGUUGGUGGGAAUGGCAGGUGAUUCGUUCCCGAGCGGUGGGCAGACGCAUAAGUGUCAAAUGUUGUCGAAGAACCAGGUUGCCGGAAGCUGCGUUGCACAUUCUGAAGCCUUGCCAACGUGGGCGGUAACCAGGCGAAAAUACAGGAAAUACAGCUGGUGCUUCGCUUGCAACCAGCGUAUGAUAAACCUGUCCUGGCUUUUCGUCCUAAACCCGCUUGUAUCGAGUUCCAUGCGGGACUGGCCUAUCGCUGCUGUCCAUUGUCGCCAGUGGGCUGCCCACCGUUACCGCUAG